UGCUGUUUGUACUACACCUGAAUUCAGUUAUAUAACUUCAUAAAAGACCAACUUCUAGAUUUUCUCCUCCUUUAUGAAGGGAAACACCUGUUUAAUCUGCUAAAACGACCUCAUAAAUAGCGAUCCAACCAACCUACAUUCCCUCUAAAAAGACGGUUAAAGCUUCCGUUUACUCAUCAAACCCUUCAGGCUUGGAGCUGCUGUUGACUUUCCUAACAUUUGACUAGCUCCAAACACCACACCCUGAUGCUACCGGACCAGAAAUCCAGUUCAUUUUACUUCUCCCGAGCUUCACUUAAAGCACCGUCUAACACCAACACCCAUCCGGACGUUUUCUUUCUCGGCAGGUGAGGAGGACAGGUGGUGGUCCUGGAGGUUCAGAGAGUUCCAGACCCGUCCUGGUGAUCAGGGAGACAAACAUCUGACCUUCUGCCCUCCACCAUCUGUCCAUGAUGGGCCAGCAGUUCAGUAAACCCGCCUCUAACCCCUUACAGAACUCCAAACUGUUCCGCUCUUUUAAACGCCCCCCACCCAGACGUCCCUACUUUGACCUGAACUCGUCUAACUUCCACUCCCAGAGCAUCUUUGCCACACCGAAGAGACCUCCAGCCGACAAACCCAACGAAUUCAUAGCUCUGUUCAGCGAAUGCAUCUCCAUCGCCUCGACCAGAACCCAGGAGUUCCUCCUCUUCAAAGACCCCGAGGACAAGUUCCACCCGAGUCCCGAGGUGCUCACUCAGGUGUUCCUGAUGACCUACAUCACCCAGAGCGUCAACCUGAAAAUUACAGACUCCUUCAACUGCAGGGCCAUGACGCCCGAACAGCGCAUCCUGCUGGGCGCCGACUGGGUCUGGGCCGUUCUGGAGAAACCCACCAAGAACCCCAAAGUGGAGAUCGCAGUUCAGGUUCUACACCUUCCUGAGCGGGAUGAAGCCGAGGAGAACCCGGAGUCCUGCAGCGAGUCGGUCCAGAUAGCCCAGAAGGAGUCCAGCAACAGGAACGUCUACGAGAGGAUGGUGGACUUCUGCAGCUCCGUCGGGAAGGACUGCUACGCCUUGUUCUUGUUCUUCGGGAAGAAGAACGACAAGGAGAACAUCUAUGGCGUCCUGAGCAAUAACUUUGAUGCUGCCAUCGGGAAGUGCGACAAGAUCAACAGAGCUUUGAUCGAGAACUUCUUCAAAGGCUCGAGGUAUCUCCACACGCCGAGGGGAAUGAUGCAGGCGAUUGUCACCAAAAAACAAGGCGAUCCCUUAACGCUCAUGGUUAAAUUCAGCUCAUAACCCGACACCAGAACACAGCAGGGCAUAGAAAUGUAGAGGAUACUGAUACUGCCUUCAAAAAAUGUUGAAUCUCAAGAAAUUUAGAUGCCUCAGAAAGCAAAUUAUGGUUAUUUCAGGUAUUUUCCAGUUGUUGACGGUGAAGUUUUGUGCUGUUUAUCUAUAGUCCUGCUUUCUAACAACCUCAAUAAAGGUGGAACUUUAAAAUAGGGCUGGACUCAAAUAUUCCGAAUAUCCGAAUAUUCGUUCGCUACAGCGGUAUCCGGCUCAUCCCGUCGUGUGAUCACAUAGACAUAUACACACGUCUAUGUGAUCACCCCUUCCUCCCCACAGACGAAAAUAUUCGGAGCUCGUCUCUUCCCGUCGCCUUCGGCUCAUCUCGGCUCCUCCGUUCGUGUUUGUUACCACCACCCGAAUGGCCGGGUUGCUGCCGACUCUGACGUCACGCUUCACUUCCUUGGAUAAACAAAAGACAAGAUGCUGAAGACCUCCACUGUUUGGGAAUUCUUCAGUUUAACUGAAGACAAAACGAAGGCAAAAUUUGGACCCGGGAGACCAGACGAACGGAUCCGAAUAUUCGGGCCGUCUUCGCCACAACCGCCCCCACCCCCCCACCCCCCC